CUUCAUCUUUACAGCGCUGUGGGUGAUGCUUGACCAGAGAGCCGAAGCAGCGGUUCCAGCAGGGCCGCUCCAGUGCCGCACUCACUCAGCCCUCUCCGCGCAAUAACUGACGUGUUUUGCGCAUUUCCUGGACCAGCCUUCAGACACAUAAACACACACACAGUCGGGAGAAAAAGAGGCAGGUCUGAAGGAAACUGAGUACCGAAGGACAAACAAGGAUCCUGGAAAAAGCAAAUGAGUACGGAACCCUUGUAAACACUGGUUCUUCUGUCUGGGGCGAACCGAAAGACGCUUUUGCGGGGAUAACUUCCUCCCAAUGCGCGGAGGAGACACAUCCAGCGCUCCAGUCAGACGAGGGAACGGGCUGCUCACCCUGAGGAGAUCCAGCAUAUAUUUCUGGCGAAUUUUGAGGUGUGGAAUGCUGGUCGUAUCGCUGCUGAUACACUGUAGCUGUCCCUUUUCAAUCCAACUUGCAUUGCUGACUGCCUACAGCGCCGUUUGGACAGCUUCAAUAUCACAUGCAGGUUGUCCGUAGGUCAUAGCAAUAGAUUCCCUUUCUGUCAGGAGGACCUUCUACACUUUGCAUGCAGAUCCACGAGGACGAAGAAGGGCAUUUACCGUUAAUUCAUAAGGAGAAACAAUCACAAACCGGUGGACCGUUGCAUACACUGGUUGAAUAAUUAACCAGGCGCUGAAGUGGAAUAUUGUUACUAAAGCUUUCAAAAGUGGCCAUGGUGUUUUUUAACGGUCUGCUGAAGAUUAAGAUCUGCGAGGCUUUGGACCUGAAGCCCACAGCCUGGUCUCUGAGACACGCCGUCGGCCCCAAGACGCAAACCUUCCUGCUUGACACGUACAUCGCCCUCAACGUAGAUGAUUUUCGCGUGGGUCAGACCUCGACCAAGCAGAAGACCAACAGUCCCGUCUGGCACGAUGAGUUUGUGACCGAGGUGCACGACGGCCGCAGGAUCGAGCUGUCGGUGUUUCACGACGCGCCGAUUGGCUACGACGACUUUGUAGCCAACUGCACCAUUCAGUUCGAAGAAUUGCUGCAAAACGGCAGCAAACACUUCGAGGACUGGAUAGACUUGGAGCCAGAGGGAAAGGUUUAUGUCAUUAUCGACUUGUCUGGAUCAUCCAGUGAAGCAGGAAGCUGUGAGAAUGAGGAGCGCGUGUUUCGUGAACGCAUGCGUCCCAGGAAGAGGCAGGGAGCCGUCCGGAGGAGGGUGCAUCAAGUCAACGGACACAAGUUCAUGGCCACCUACCUGAGACAGCCCACCUACUGCUCGCACUGCCGCGACUUCAUCUGGGGUGUAUUAGGAAAGCAAGGGUAUCAGUGCCAAGUGUGCACCUGUGUAGUUCAUAAACGCUGCCAUGAGCUGAUCAUCACGAAAUGUGCGGGUCUGAAGAAGCAGGAGGACACCACAGAGGAGGUGGGAUCUCAGCGCUUCAGCGUCAAUAUUCCUCAUAAGUUCAGUAUUCACAACUACAAAGUCCUGACGUUCUGUGACCACUGCGGCUCAUUACUGUGGGGCCUGCUGCGGCAAGGGCUUCAGUGCAAAGUUUGUAAGAUGAAUGUGCACAAGCGUUGUGAAAGUAAUGUAGCUCCUAACUGUGGGGUGGACGCCCGGGGCAUCGCUAAGGUGCUGUCUGACCUCGGAGUCACUCCAGAUAAACUCUCCGGCAGCGUCCAGAGGAGAAAAAAGAUCUCUCAGGGUCCAGAUCCACAGCCCUUACCCAUAUCCCCGCAGUCAGAAGAGGAUCGAUCCAAAUCUGCUCCCACAUCACCAUGUGACCAGGAUAUAAAGGAUGUGGAGAACAUCAGAAAGGCACUUUCGUUUGACCAUCGCGGUGAGGAGCUGAAGCCAGCCUCGUCCUCCUCUCUGACCGAGGGCCUGUCGGAGGAGACAGGGGAGGCCAGAGAGAACGGAGAGGUGAAGACGCUCCAGACCAAAAGGAUGAUGCUGGAAGACUUCUCCUUCAUCAAAGUGCUCGGGAAAGGCAGCUUUGGCAAGGUGAUGCUGGCAGAGUUAAGAGGCACUGAUGAGGUUUAUGCGGUGAAGGUGUUGAAGAAAGACGUCAUCCUGCAGGACGAUGAUGUGGACUGCACUAUGACUGAGAAACGCAUUCUAGCGCUGGCCAGAAAACACCCUUACCUGACCCAACUCUACUGCUGCUUUCAGACCAAGGACCGCUUGUUCUUCGUCAUGGAAUAUGUGAAUGGCGGAGACCUGAUGUUCCAGAUCCAGCGUUCGCGCAAAUUCGAUGAAGCUCGUUCCCGGUUUUACGCUGCUGAGAUGACCUCAGCCCUCAUGUUCCUGCACCAAAAUGGGGUCAUUUACAGGGAUUUAAAGCUAGACAACAUUCUGCUGGACGCAGAGGGUCACUGUAAGCUGGCAGACUUUGGCAUGUGUAAGGAGGGAAUUCUGGAUGGCAUCACAACCACAACAUUCUGUGGCACACCAGAUUACAUUGCCCCAGAGAUCCUGCAGGAGCUUGAGUACGGCCCGUCAGUGGACUGGUGGGCUCUAGGUGUGCUGAUGUACGAGAUGAUGGCUGGUCAGCCUCCUUUUGAAGCAGAUAAUGAGGACGACCUUUUCGAGUCUAUUCUCCAUGAUGACGUCCUGUAUCCCGUGUGGCUCAGCAAAGAGGCCGUCAGCAUUCUUAAAGCGUUCAUGACGAAGAGCCCUAGUAAGCGGUUGGGAUGCGUAGUAUCCCAAGGACUAGAGGAAGCUAUUAAAGUGCAUCCGUUCUUCAAAGAGAUUGAUUGGGUUCUUCUGGAACAGAGGAAGAUCAAGCCGCCUUUCAAACCACGUAUUAAAACCAAAAGGGAUGUCAACAAUUUUGACCAGGACUUCACCCGAGAGGAGCCGGUGCUCACCCCGGUGGAAGACGCCAUUAUCAAGCAGAUCAACCAGGAUGAGUUCAAGGGCUUCUCUUACUUCGGCGAAGAGACUCUGUCCUAAUACUAAAACCUCCAUCUCCUGGGCUGUACUUGGUGCACACGUGCGCUGCGAAUGCUGUGAAUGCCCAUGAGCUGAUCGUAGACAAUCAUUUACCAAGAAUUUGAUGCUUUAAUUUAAAAGUAGAAAGUUAGGCUUUAUAAUCUUUCCUGCUGAACCCCAAAAACAUACAUGCGUGCACAGAUACUCGCAGAUUUAAUUUUUAUUUAAUGUAUGUAAAACACAUAAGGGAGCUCAUGUGACAUCACUAAAGCAGCUGGAUAGAGCUCUUUGGAAGGCCAUUUCAUGUUUCAUUUCUUCUCCCAUCAUGCAGUGUAUCAGUGGUACAUCUGGAGUCAACCCAUUUACACUAGCACCAUUUUGAAAUGCAAAAACCAAAUGUAAAGAACAAGUGAUUGUAUUGAAGAGGUGAUGCAUAUGAACAUGUGAAUUGGGAGUUUUAAGUACUCAGCAUUGGGAUCUGAUCACAUGAUGGUCUGAUAGCCAGAGACAGUGACUGGACGGUACUGGGAAGGACUCAGAACUGCCCUUCAUGAGACCAUCGCAGUGUUGACAUAUACGCAAGUGUUGUAUGUGUGUGUGUGUGUGUGUGUGUGUGUAUAUGCUGGAGGGUAAGGUUACACAAGUACCCUCUGUAGUGUUUCGUUGUGUGUAUGGUUUUUUCAUUAUAUUACUGGAUUGUUUUGUUGCUAGGAUGUUGAAAUUAUUGGUUUCUCUACAAUGCAACAAGACCUAUCAUCAUGAGCGGGACGGGACAGUAGCCAAUCACUUCUCUACAGUCUACAGAACAUACAAGUCCUGACUACCCUCAUCAUUAGCCUGUGAACUUUGAAAAUAGACUAAUCAUCUACUGCAUGGUUAUGCCUACAAUAUUCUUGUGUAUUAUUAGACUAUGAGAAACUGUUAUGUGCAAUAUCCUCUCUCUGUGUCUGUCUGUGUGUGUGUGUGUGUGUGUGUGUGUGUGUGUGUGUGUGUGUGUGUGUGUGUGUGUGUGUGUGUGUGUGUGUGUGUGUGUGUGUCUGUUUAGCAGGUUUUUUUUUUUUUUUUUUUUCUCUAUCCAUCUCACCUUCAGUGUCUCUGAUUUCCACUGUUUGUUUUGGUUGGUAACCGUUUGGUUGUCAGGUCAUGCCAUAUGCAGCACAGGUCCUUUAUUUCAGCUGCUACAGCUUCUGAAGUUCAUGUACUCUAGUUAGAAAAGACACAAAAUAUUACGCUUCUGUGGCAAGAAAAGUAAAAUGCAUAGAAAUGAUCUUCCAUUCUAUAUAUAGCACAACUGAAAUACCCUAGAAUUUCUCCUAAUAUUAUCUGUAAACCUAUGAAAGCUUGUGAUGCAAGCAAGACGUUUAUCAAGAAAAUCCAAUCAGGUCAUUACAUAAGAAAUAAUGCAUUUGUAAUAAAUUCAACCUUUUAUUAAAAAACUCUUGCCAACACAAGGCUUAAAAGUCAACAUGAAAUUGUUUCCAGCUUUAUCAGCAUUAAAAAAAGCCUUUGAAGCAACUUUCUUCUAAUGUCACCCUUUGCAUCCAAACAUCUUUAUUUUGCUGUGAACACUCACUUUUCGCAAUUCAGUCAAUUCUUGUUUUUUAAUAUUUAUUUUCUGUUUUAUAUUUUUUCUUAUGUAUGAGAUCCCCACAGUGAAAGUGGGUUGCAGCUACACAGCUACACCUGCCAGACACCUGUGCCCUAAUGCCAAAUUUGCAAAGCUAUUUUGGACUUCACGAGUAACUCUUUUUUAUUGUUUUUGAAAUGACUCUACAUAGGAAACACAUUGACAUGUUCAAGCAAAAGAUGAAAGCACCUCUUUGGUUAAACGUGAAUCUGUGUCUCACAAAGGAAUACAUAUUUGUACAUACAGAGGUACAGUGCAUAUUAAUAUAAGUUAUAUAAGUGUUUUAUGUCACUGUAAGUAUCAUAAAUGUGUAUGUAUUUCUUUUAUUUUAUUGUGCAGCUUCAUAUGUACAGUAUGUCAUAAGACAUGUUUUUUUUCUUUGCCAUUAGUCACUGUCGUGUCAUUAUUUGCAUUUUACUGUGUGCCAAAUGUACUGUUCUCAAAGGAUGUGAAUGUGCAUUGUUUGGUUUGUAACCUAUUAAAUAAGAAGCAUUCAGAAAUGAACCAAAUAGUUUGAAGUCCAAAUCAAUUUCCAAAUGCACAGUACUGUAGCUGAGACAAAGUGUUUUAUGAAUAGAAGUGCAUACCCUGUAUUUGUACCGAAUGCUGGAGAAGAGAGGGGUGGUUGAUUGUCAUAGGCUAUGAAUAAAUGAACUGUAUAAUAAUGAUUAAAGCAAAUAGUUAAGCAUGAGAGAAAUUAGAGGGUGAACUUUGGUUAAAAAUAAGGGUCAUCAUGACCAAAACAAAGAGUGAAGGAUUAGUGCUGUCACAUGUGACCUUCUAUUCUAGAUGGAGGCUAUAGAUGUCCAAGGACAUGAGGAAAUGCAUAUGCUUGUCAUUUUGGGAAUGCUCAGAACUUUUUGUAAACUGAAUAAUCUGAGUGCAAUAGUUCACUGAAGUGAAAGUUAUAUUGUGCUGCAUUUUCAGAAUAAACGAAUGAUUGAGGAUACUACAAACAGUU